AUGGGUGCCUCUCGCAAAACAGUCCGCUUGGGUGUCUUCAUUCCCACCGAGUGCCAGCUCCUCGACGCAUCCUGCGUCGACAUACUAGCAUCCAUGUCGUACGAGUAUCUGUCACCGCUGACGGAUCUCAUGCCCAAGGUUCUGAUAGAUAGUGCCCCGAGCGUCUCGAUCCAUUAUAUCGGCACCGUGAAACCGGGCGAGGCCAUUCCCAUGACGGCGAACCACAAGGUCCUCGCCACGAACCACUUCUCGGACGAUGAGGUUGCUCCGGGCAAGCUGGAUAUCAUCAUUGUGCCGGGUCCGGAUCCGAGUACCAAGUUUGACAAGCCAUCUCUGGAAUGGUUGCGCCAGCAAGGGGAGAGCCCCAAUACGGACAUUCUCAGUGUUUGUACUGGUAUAUUUGUCUGUGGUUAUGCUGGCCUCCUCAAGGGUCGGACAGUGUGCGGACCGAGAGGGAUGCAAGACACCAUCAAGGAAAAAUUCGGCGAGGAUAUCGUGCAAAAGGGCACGGAGCUCAGAUGGGUGCAAUCAGGAAACUUCUGGAGUAGUGGCGGCGUAACCAAUGGAAACGACCUGGUGGCAGCGUAUGCUCGUCACAAGUCCGAGUUCUUCCCCAAGCCUCUAGUUGAAGUCCUUCUGGAAACGACCGACACUGGUGAUCGUGCUCAGGUAUACGGCAAGAGCCAGUCGAGUUUCAUACUGGGGAUAGUGUUCAAUACGUUCCGUGCUUGGGUGUCGAGUGUCUGGCGAUCGUAG